CCCAUAAUCAUCAUAGAGUCAUAUACUAAUGUGCAUAAACCAAUACCUAAUCAGCAAGUCAACCAAUAAGUAAUCAAUCGCAGGCAGUUCUACCAAGCGCAUUUCUUCUUCAUCAUCUAGUCCAACUAAAGAAUCCGGAAAUUUUCAUCACCUGAGUACAGCCCACCAUGCUAGAAGAACCCAAGAAGAUCAUCAUAGAUACUGAUCCUGGGAUUGAUGAUGCCAUGGCAAUAUUUUUGGCGCUGCAAUCACCGGAAGUGGAGGUCAUUGGACUCACCACCAUCUACGGCAACGUUUAUACCACUCUUGCCACCAGAAAUGCUUUGCAUUUGUUAGAGAUUGCGGGAAGGACGGAUAUUCCAGUUGCUGAAGGAUCCCAUGUCACAAUCACUAAAGGGACAAAACUCCGAAUAGCUGAUUUUGUACAUGGUAACGAUGGGCUUGGAAAUCAAAACUUUCCUCCACCAAAAGGAAAGCCAAUUGAACUGUCUGCUGCUGAUUUUCUCAUCCAACAAGCGAGUUGUUAUCCUGGCAAGGUCACCGUGGUUGCGUUGGGGCCUCUUACGAAUAUUGCUUUGGCUAUCCAAUCAGAUCCCCAUUUUGUAAAAAACAUACAACAGAUUGUUGUUCUUGGCGGUGCUUUUGCAGUAAAUGGGAAUGUCAAUCCAGCAGCUGAAGCAAAUAUUUUUGGAGAUCCAGAUGCAGCGGAUAUUGUUUUUACCAGUGGAGCUGAUGUCCUGGCUGUUGGAAUCAAUGUCACGCAUCAAGUUAUUUUCACUGAUGCUGAUCGAGAUAAGUUGGCAGAGUCCAAUGGAAAGUAUGCUCAAUACUUGUGCAAGAUCUUGGAUGUGUACUAUUCAUAUCAUCAUGAUGCUUACAGCAUCAAAGGUGUUUACCUUCAUGACCCAGCUGCCCUUCUAGCUGCUGUCACUCCUUCACUAAUCACCUACACAGAAGGUGUGGUCCGUGUACAGACUACUGGCAUUACACGGGGUCUAACUCUAUUUUAUAACAAACAGAAAAGGUUUGGUGAAGUUACAGAAUGGUCAGAUAAACCCUCAGUCAAGGUGGCAGUCACUGUUGAUGCUCCUGCAGUUGUCAACCUGGUCAUGGAACGGCUGACUAAUUCUUGAUCCAUCUACACUGAUUUUAAUUGUUCCUGUUCUCUUUCCCUACCAAAUGGGAAGAAGAAGUGUCUUCCUGCUGGUAAUUGAUGCUCUUAGUGCUUCUUCAAGAUAAACCAUGUGAUUGGAUCAAAAGGAAGCGGCCUUGUAGGGCACGCCAGAGAUGAUUGUUAACGUAUUAGUUGUAAAUCAUCGGAAUUUCCCCAGUUCUUAUGUCUCCGAUCAAUACAGAGGAGAAGCAGAUUUUUCUUUCAUUUAAACCAAUGUCACUUCUUCUUGAAAACUUUGACCUAUUUUAUGAAUCUGAUCAUAUUUAGUUGUUCGCAUUAUUA